AUGAAACUGGUGGUUUCUGGGGCCUCUGCCGAGGAGCCCGUUGAGCUCUCGGGGCAUACGGAAAAUCCCGUCUGCCAGAACGGAGAUAAUAAGACGACCCAUCUACGGCUUAACCUUCCUUUCAGCCAAUUUCUCAGAUUAAAACGCAAUUCCACCCAUGAUCGAGAUUUCGUUAGCAGCAGGUUUUACACCAGAGGAUUUCACCCCCUGGUGAUCCAGAACGCUCUGACCCGAGCAGCCACUACCCCCAGGGAUAAACUGCUGCAACCAUUGACACGCAGUCGGUCUAGUAAGACUAGAAUUUUUGCUUCCUUGGAAUACAACCAUCUCUCCUAUGACAUCCAGAAGAUCGUGCGCAAACAUUGGCACGUAUUAUAUAAUGUGCCUGGAUGUGGUGAAUUUCCUUUGUUUGGGCUGAGAAAGACCAAGUCCUUGCGUAAUUAUUUGGUUAAAACGGACCGUUUAGACAGGCCGCACCAGAGGGGUAUCUGUGUCUGUUCUAUUUUUAUCAACCAGUUGCAGUCUGGCUUCAGCUUAAGACUCCCAUCCUUUCCCUAUCCCCUCGCAGUCUGGAAGCCUCCAUCCUCCAGCCACCAACUUCCUUCUGCCAAGACUGCACUAGGCACCCACAUUGUUUCCACAAUGCCCGAACCGUAAAGAAAAUCCAAGAUUUCAGCCUCGCGCAAACUCCUUUUGAAGAGUUUGAUGCUGGCUAAGGCCAAGGAACAGUGGGAACAAGAACAAGUGGACAAACAAGGAGAGAAGGAGAGAUAUUUGUCAGAGAGGGUUGCACCUCUGCGGACCAGUGGACUUUCCUCAAGCCAACUUCAGGAUCUGUGCAGGGAGCUCCAUGAGAAAAUAGAUGUUGUGGAUGAGGAACGCUAUGACAUUGAAGCAAAAUGUAACCAUAACACACGGGAGAUUAAAGACCUAAAAUUGAAAGUGCUUGACCUUCGGGGAAAAUUCAAACGACCUCCACUGCGGCGUGUCCGGGUUUCUGCUGAUGCCAUGUUGAGGGCUCUGCUUGGGUCUAAACACAAAGUCUCCAUGGACCUGAGAGCCAAUCUCAAGUCUGUCAAGAAGGAGGACACUGAGAAGGAGCGUCCCGUAGAAGUUGGAGACUGGCGUAAGAAUGUGGAGGCCAUGUCAGGGAUGGAGGGCAGGAAGAAGAUGUUUGAUGCUGCCAAGUCUCCAACAGGACAGUGAACGGUCCUUUACAGAAGGAUGAAGAAUCUUUCCCACAAGUGCCUGCAUCUCUUUGCCCUUCUUUUGCCCUUAUCUUGCCUCAUCUUCUUGCAUUAGCUUUAGAGUCACAACAGUUCUGGAUGUUAUUAAAAGAUUGCCAUGACUUUGCACUUCA